CCUUCAGGAUGGGGAGCCUCCCCUCAGAUGCGUCUGGGCAGCAGCAGCACCGGGUCCUGGAGAUGUGGACCUAGCUUCACAAACUCCAUGCGCGCGGAGGCAGCGGCUGCAGUUUGGGCGGAGAACGCCGCUCGCUUGCCACUGCCGUCCCCCUCCUCGACUCGGCCCAACAGCGCCGCCAGAACCCGCAGGGGCCCGUGAGCGCGCCCGCCGCGGUCCCGCGCACCGCAGAAUAAGAUGAAUAUCCAGGUCGCGCCCGAACACAAGCUCUCGUCGGUGGCCCCGCUGAACGAGUGCAAUGCGGCGAAGAGGGAGGUGGAGCUGAUACUGGUGAAGGACCAGAAUGGCGUCCAGUACACCAGCUCCUCCAUCAUCCCCUCCCCGGGCCACCUCGCGGGUCCUCCGGGCUGCACCGACGAAGAGCGAGAGACGUGGGGGAAGAAAAUAGACUUUCUCCUGUCGGUGAUCGGCUUCGCGGUGGACCUGGCCAACGUGUGGAGGUUCCCGUACCUGUGCUACAAGAAUGGAGGAGGUGCCUUCCUCAUCCCCUACAUUCUUUUCCUCGUCAUCGCGGGGAUGCCGUUGUUCUACAUGGAGCUCGCCCUGGGCCAGUACAACCGGGAGGGAGCGGCCACCAUUUGGAAAAUCUGCCCAAUCUUCAAAGGCGUGGGCUACACCGUGAUCAUCAUCGCGCUGUACGUGGGCUUCUACUACAACGUGAUCAUCGCCUGGUCGCUCUACUACCUGUUCUCCUCCAUGACCACGGAGCUGCCGUGGCUGCACUGCAACAACGCCUGGAACAGCGCCAACUGCACCGACCCCAAGGCGCUCAACGGCUCCGUCAUCGGCAAUGGCACGGCCUACGCCAAGUACAAGAUCACGCCGGCCGCCGAGUACUACGAGCGGGGUGUGCUGCAUCUCCAUCAGAGUCGGGGUAUCAACGACCUGGGCUUGCCCCGCUGGGAGCUGACCCUGUGCCUGGUCAUCGUGGUCUUCAUCCUCUACUUCAGCCUGUGGAAAGGUGUCAAGUCCUCGGGGAAGGUGGUGUACAUCACAGCUACCAUGCCCUACUUGGUCCUCUUUGUGCUGCUGAUACGAGGCAUCACUCUCCCGGGUUCCAUGGACGGCAUCAGGGCGUACCUCCACAUCGACUUCAAGCGGCUCAACAACCUGGAGGUGUGGAUUGACGCCGCCACCCAGAUAUUCUACUCACUGGGAGCUGGGUUCGGGGUGCUCAUCGCUUUUGCCAGUUAUAACAAAUUUGACAACAACUGCUACAGGGACGCCCUCCUGACUACCACUGUGAACUGCGUCACCAGUUUCUUCUCGGGCUUCGCCAUCUUCUCCGUCCUCGGAUACAUGGCGUUCAAACACGGGGUCAAGAUAGAAGACGUGGCCACGGAGGGGGCAGGAUUGGUGUUCAUCAUCUACCCCGAGGCAAUUUCCACGUUGCCCGGUUCGACCUUCUGGGCGAUCUUGUUCUUCAUCAUGUUGCUGACUCUGGGCAUCGACAGCUCGAUGGGCGGCAUGGAGGCCGUCAUCACCGGCCUGUCGGAUGACUUCAAGUUCCUCAAGAGGAACAGGAAGGUCUUCACCUUCGCCACGGCCUUCGGGACGUUCCUGAUCGCCCUCUGCUGCAUCACCAACGGAGGCAUCUACGUGCUGACCCUGUUGGAUAAGUACGCAGCCGGGACGUCCAUCCUGUUCGCCGUGUUGAUCGAGGCCAUCGGCGUGUCGUGGUUCUACGGUGUCGACCGCUUCAGCGAAGACAUCGAGCGCAUGAUGGGCUUCAAGCCCGGUCUUUACUGGCGGCUCUGCUGGAAGUUCGUCAGCCCGGCGUUUCUCCUGUUCAUCGUGAUAGCCAGCGCGGUGAAAUCAACCGGCCUGAAGUACGACGACUACGUCUUCCCCAACUGGGCCAACAUCGUUGGCUGGGGCGUGGCCAUGUCCUCCAUGAUGUUCGUCCCCGGCUACGCCAUCUAUAAGUUCUGCAGCGUGAAAGGAACAUUCAAACAGAGGAUAGCCUAUUGCAUCACUCCGGAGCACGAGCAUCAUUUGGUGGCUGAGGGGAACAUUCGGCAGUUCACGCUCAAGCAUUGGUUGGCCAUUUGAUGACAUCAUCCCAGAAUUCCCCUCAUCUGGUGUUUGGACUUCCUGUGUGGUCAACAGGCUCCUCCCUCGCUCAGCGAGUCCCCUCCCGCCUCCCCCGAGGCCUUCAUUGACCGCAGGAGCUUUAAGCACUUUUAAUUUGAAAAUAUUAAAUGAGCAUAACUCAGAA